AUGUUUCUACUAAUUAUACUACUCAGCUAUCUCCUGGGAUGUGCGUCGACCAUCGCUUUACUACUCUAUUUAUACACACGUUACGUAGUCUAUACGCCAGUAGCUAUAAACGAACAUCAAGAAGAUCAAUAUGAAUCCUUCAAACCAUUACCUGAAAAUGGAGGGGAAAAGAAUUCGGCUGUUGAAGCAAUUAACUACCUCUUCCAAUUUCUAUUUCAAGAAUUAAAAGAUAGUUCGAGAUUACGACGUUAUUUAAUGCACAAAUUAAACACUGAAUUCAAAGAAUUGAAGAAUGGUCGAACAGGAAAGAUUUUCCUGCAAAAUAUUGUUAUUCAAGCGUUUUCCAUUGGUAAGGAAUGUCCCGUAUUCAGCGAUAUUCAUCUUGAACAUCAAGAACGCGACGAACGCAACUUAAUCAAAGGAUUCGUCGCGAAUUUAGAUGCCGAUUAUAAAGAUGGAUUUUCAGUCGAACUUGAAAUCACAUUGUUAUUUGGUCAUAAAUGUCGGCUGUUUGUGAAAGUUAAACGAAUUCAAGGCAAUCUACGAUUAGAAUUUCGUCGUGAACCGUUUUGUCAUUGGCUAUGCGUAUUUCAAAAAGAACCAUUGAUAGAUUUUGAAGUGAAAUCCUAUGUAGGUUCGGGUGAAAGUCCUCAAUUAGCACAAAUUAUCACCCAACAGCUGCGUCGUGCUAUUAAACGAAAGCAAACAUGGCCAAGUUAUAAGAUUCGCUUGCAACCAUUUUUUCCUACUUCGAAAAUCCCAGAACCAACAGAAGUUCUGACUCCAAGUGGUAAAAAUAUUAUUCCUGGCACAUUUGAUGUUCUCAUUAAGUAUUGUGAUCGUCUUUCAAUUCCACUGGCUAUAUUUGAUAAGCAAAAAGCAUCGUCGGUGUUCGUCUUUUUGACAAUUAGUGUUAAUGAUGAUAUGUGUGCUGAUUACUUACAUAUCAAACGGGAGCAAUGGCCUACGAAAGAAAUUCUCUUGAAACGUAAUGUUCAUAAAUUAAUUUUCAAGGAAGUGAGUUAUAUGGAUCGAACAGAGCUAUUAAUCGAAGAUAUCGAUCCAUUACCAGUCGGAAUCGAAAAUGAAUCAGCAUUCAAAGCAGCAUUACACGAUAAAAAUGUUUUCUUACUUAAAAUCCAAGAUCAAGACGCAGCAACAAGCAAACAGGUCAAUCGUCUUUUAAAAUACAAGUCAGCUGUUCCAGUAGCUCAUGAUGGAACUGCAGCAGCAGCAGCAGCAGCAGCAACGACAACCACUCUAAAUAAUACUGAUGAAGAUAAGAUAAAGAUUGUUGUCGGUAUGCCUGUCUUACAUAGUGUUCGUGUACAACGUGCCGCGGAUUCACCUACAACACCAGAAGGAGAAAAACUAAAUGCCACUUCUCCGACAUUGUCAACACGGUCCGAUCAUUCGACAACUGCUUCAUUAUCACCAAGUACUACUGUUCGACAACGACUGGUACCACCACCAGUCAAAUUUGAUAAAGCAGCUAGUUCAAUCGGUUUAACAACUAAACAAGUCGAUGUAGACGAGGAAGAUACACAAAGUAUAAAUACAAUAGACAGUUCUUCCAAAGUGCUAGACGAACAUCCAGUGAAAAAACCGAAACAAGCAAAAACAUCGGGACAUGAUAUUGUUUUAAUAAUGAUGAACACUGAUCUAUUACAAAAGUUUCACGCUGAGCCAGUGGCACCACGAAAAUCAGAGCCAUAUAUUGAAUUCAAUCAUCUGUUUAACUUUCAUGUGAAAGAAAAUGAACGUUUCCUCAAUGUUUGCUUAUGGUGUAAACCACCACUUAAUUGUGACGUUCAAGACCCUGGAAAGAAACUCAUCCUACUCGGUUAUGCUACGGUUGCUUUAUCAGAGAUUGUACUUGAUGCUCAUAUGAGUUACAAACAUGAAACACAAAUGACAGUGAAUUUCCGAUCACCAUAUGCACCCAAACCGAAUCUAAAUGCUUGUUUGACAGAGGAAGAAAGUAAAAAACGAAUGGAAUUAAGUACACACAAAGGUUAUGACGAGAACUUGGCGAAUGGUUUCGUGACAAUAAACAUCAAACACUGGCCGGAAAUCGAAGCGAAUUUGAAUCCUCAAGAGAAGAAAGAACAAUUUAUUGCGAAUAGUCCCAUCUUAAACGAUAUAUGUACAGAACUGAAAGAGAAAGAAAGAAAACAAGAUCAGUUGAAAUAUAUCAAUGCAAUCAAUGAACAACACGAACUACCACCACGAAAACCAACUGAUCAUAUAUUCGAAGAUAAAACAUUUACAUUGGCUAUUCAUUGUGAUUAUUGUACCAAAAAGAUAUGGAUGAAAUCUGGUCGCCAUUGUCGAGAUUGUUUAAUAAACAUUCACAAAAAAUGUGAAGACAGAUGUAAUGUCGAGAAUCCAUGUCCACAUGUACCAGUUCCUGCAAAAUCUAUUCAAAUUUCUUCACCCGCUGAUGAUGAUUCGAAGAGCAUACUGAAUAUCGAAUUGCCCGAUGCAAAUACAGCGAAUUCGACUGUCACUACUCCUGUUGGAGAUAAUAUUGACUCGGUGGUAGUCAGAAACAACUUUGAACCAAUCUCAGUUCCAGACACAGCGAUGAAUAAUCGAACAACAGCACUUGCUACGCCACCAACAACCGUACAUCGUCUUUCAACAAAAGCCGUCGCUGCCUUUUCUGUCAUUGAUUCUACUGCGCGUCGAUCAAUCCGUGGUGCAUUUGGAAAUAAAAAUCUCAAUAAUCCAGCAGCAAGUACAAGUCCAAGUCUUUCAGCAACGUCCGAACUGUCGAAAAGCGAUGAAUCAUUAAGCAAUGCAUCAACAAUAUCGGGAUCAUCAUCGAUCAAAAUAUCCGCAGCAAUUCCACCUGCUCAGACAUCGUCAAAGCUCGCAAAUGCCGCUUCGUCCGCAUAUAGUAGACUUCGAGAGUUCAAAUCAAGACGACUACCUGCCGCCACCGUUGCUGCUGCUACUACGGUCGAAACGCCUCCCACUAAAAAGACUUCUACAUCGUCGGGUUCAAUGCAUAGCGAAAUCGUUCCCGAAGUAGAUAUGCGUGAAGUCAUUUCAAAAAUCUUGUCAGAUGAAAGCAAUGACGUUAAAGCUCUAGAACCUCUACUACACGAAAGAGAUAUCGAUGAUGCGGCUUUGUACGCAAAGGCACGCGAAUUUGGGCCAGAACUGUUUCCUGAAUAUACCCUCGAAGAGCGAAAAGGAAAACUUGAAGACGAAAUAUCGCGUUUGCGGCAGGAAAUCGAUUUGCAAUAUCAAGUGCGAGACGACAUGGUAAAAGAAUAUGAAAAUGGCAACACCGAUGAAAACGAAAAGCGUAAACUUCGUGAAAGAAUUCUAAAUAUCGAUGAAAAAGCGCAAGCAUUAGGUGCAUUGACUAUUCUGAACUGUUACGGCCUUAAACAUUGUCGAGCGCAAAUAGAGGCUAAAAACGAUGUUUCUAAACAAUUGAUAGAUGAAGCAUUCAAUGAAGAAGAUACCAAUGACUUCGAUACCUUCCAUGAUGAUGAUGAUGACGAUGAUGAUGAUGCUGAUGACAUUGAACAAUCGUGA